CCACCCAAAUGGUGAAAAACGAUGAACACAUUCAACAACUGGGAACUAACAUAACCGAUCUUCCAAAGUCUUUCAUUCACGAUGUUCUACUGAAGCUCCCGACGAGGAACAUUAUUGCGUGCAAAUGUGCAUGCAAGACUUGGUAUGGUCUAAUUUCGGACCCCGAAUUUGCUAAGUUACACUUUUCACAAGCACAGCCCUUUCCCAUCAUCCGGCCCCUGGAUCCGUCCCGUGUGUCAAGAAUCCUUUACUUGGCUGAGCUGGAAGACGGGUCUGGUUUUGAUUUGAGGAAGUGCACCUGUAAGAUUAACUAUGAUCGGUCUGGGGGUGGAAAGUCUUACAUCCACAUGAAACUCACCAAAUACAAAAUCCCGUUGCGCAAUGCGGAUGAGGUAAUCGAUAGCCAGGGCAAUGUGGCGAGUUCGGUGGGUGGGAGGAACCAUCAUGGCAGGAAACGGAAGCCUUGUAUCAGGAUAAGGCCGAAUCAUCACAAGUACAAGGUGGUAAAUUCGUGUAACGGCUUCCUUUGCCUGUCUAGUCCAGUCACUAAUGACCCUGUUGUUGUCUGCAAUCCGAUCACCGGCGAGUUUAUACACCUUCCGGAAUCAGCCUCUAAGUGCGAGAAGGAAAAGGAAUCGUAUGAUUGUGGAUUUGGUUUCAAUCCAAAGACAAAUGAAUAUAAGGUGUUGAGAAUAUUUCAGCAAAGGGAACCCUACACUAAAGUGGCUGAGGUGCACACACUUGGGACAGACUCGUGGAAAUUUGUUGGUCCUGCUCCAUUCUUCCUAUCCAUGCUAGAACACACCACCUAUGUGAAAGGAGCACUUUAUUCGUUCUACUACGAGAGUUUAGGUUAUAAAAUAUACUCUUUUGACUUGGAAACCGAAAAGUCUGAAUCUGUUCCAUCACCUCCUAUUCGACUGGAGAAAUCUCGUACUGUGAGCAUGGGAGUUUUGGGAGAUUGCCUUUGUUUGUGUGAUUAUGACGUUUUACGCAUCAAGUUUUGGGUAUUGGAUGAUCACGGUGCACAGAAAAUAUGGAGGCAGAAGAUUUCUGUUUAUACUGAAAAUUGUGGAAGGUGGCCAUAUGGCUUAUAUAAAUCGAUGAACUACUUAAAGAAUGGGGCUUUGUUGAUGUUUCAUUCCCGCACUAAUUCCUUUUUCUACUAUCACCCAAGAAGAUAUCGUAAGGCCAUUUAUCUUAAGAUUCGUGGGUUUAAGUCGGAUUUUGAAGCAAUUAGUCAUGUUCCAAGCUUGAUUUCACUCAAGGACAUUCUGGUGGGAAGUGAUGUACAAGUCCUGCAUAUACAUUCAAGGUGCGCAGAGUUGAGGCUGCUAGGAGAGUCCAAAGCUCUUUUUCUGGAUGAAGAAAUUGCGGAGUUGGCAUCUGAUUUUAAUUCUUCCGACAGUGGUGGUGAAGAUGAAGAUGAAGAUGAAGAAUGAAACAAACAUAAUAGCGGAGGUGAUGCAGUCUUACAAUGGCGGAGUGUUACCUGUCUAAGGCGGUAAACUACCAUUUUGUUAAAGGGUUUAACUGCCCUUAGUGCUAUAUAUUUGGACACGAGAACUUGGAUUCCCAUCUAGCCUCAAUGACCAACUACUGUUUUGGUUUGAAGUUACUUUGAAUUGUUUUGGAUCAGAAAAUUACUUGCUAUGUUU